CCACACCUAAACCUCUCUCUCUCUCUCUCUCUCUCUCUCUCUCUCUCUCUCUCUCUCUCUCUCUCUCCUUAUAUACGCAUUGAGUUAUUACUCCAUAUACGUUUUAUAGACAACUUCACAUUUGGUAACAAAGGGGGAAAGAAGGCAAUACAUUACCAUAUUAGUUGUAUCUCUCUUUUCCUUCUUUCUUUCUUUUUUAUUUUGUUUUCCUUCUUUGCUCAUAGUUGGUUUUCAGGUAUUGAAUUUCUUUUUUUAGGAUUUUCACUCAGAAGUUUGCCCGUUUGGGAUUGUUAUUAUUAAUAGAGAAAAUUUGAAAUAUUAAAUAUAUAUAUAUAAAAAAAGGAGAAACUGAAAAAUGGGAAGGGGUAGGGUUGAGCUGAAGCGCAUAGAGAACAAGAUCAACAGGCAAGUUACUUUUUCCAAAAGAAGAAAUGGUUUAUUGAAGAAAGCCCAUGAGAUCUCAGUCUUAUGUGAUGCUGAAGUUGCUGUUAUUGUCUUCUCCCACAAAGGAAAGCUCUCUGAGUACUCCACUGAUUCUUGCAUGGAGAAGAUAUUGGAACGGUAUGAGAGAUACUCUUAUGCAGAGAGACAGUUGGUGUCAAUGGAUUCUGAAACACAAUUACAGAUUAUGCAGGGAAACUGGACCGUGGAGUACUCUAGACUCACGGCUAAAAUCGAGCUUUUGCAGAGGAACCGUAGGCACUACUUAGGUGAAGAUUUAGACUCGUUGACUCUAAAGGAUCUCACGGGUUUAGAGCAACAAAUUGAUAUUUCUCUUAAACAAAUUCGAGCAAGAAGAAACCAACUCAUGAACGAGACAAUCUCUGAUCUUCAGAAGAGGGAGAAGGCAGCGCGGGAGGAGAACAACUUGCUGGAAAAGAAGAUCAAGGAAAGGGGGAAAAUGGUGGCAGUGGAGCAGCAACAACAGCAGCAGGAGAUGCAGUGGGAGCAGCAAAACCAUGGCCCUGCUAGUACAUCAUCAUACCUGCUUCAACAACCACUUCCCUGCUUAAACAUUGGGGGAGGUUACGAGGAUGGAACACAAGAAAUUAGAAGGAACGAUCUGGACCUUACUCUUGAGCCAUUAUAUUCAUGCCACCUUGGAUGCUUUGCUGCAUGAAUUAAUAUAUAAAUAUAUAUUUCAAAGAGAGGUCUCCCAUCUCUUCUAAUUUGGAAUUAAAUUUUUGGAUUUUUAUUUGGGACAUGGACUAAUAAUUUCAAGUCCCACAUGAUCUAUAUAUAAACUUAUAUAUAUUAUCAACCAACAGCAACACCCUUUGUGAUAAAGUAUCAGCGUAUUACUAGCUAUAUAUAUAUGUAUGAUCGUGCAUGAGGGGACCUCUCAUAUUUUAAUGUGUACUAUUACGGACGUUGUUAAUCCCUGACUUGGAUCUGUGAUAUAUAAUUAGACUGAAUUAACUUGGGAUAAA